GGCAGUCGGACGCGAAAAGUACUUCUCCAACAAAUACACUUGGUAUCUGGACGACUGCAGCCAGCUGUUUGUUGAGUCACCAGCCAUGAGUUUCGACUGGUGUUUUCGGCUUUUUCUGCUCUUGGCCUUCAAAGCGGCCCUGAACUUUGCGGCAAAUGGGAACCCGAACUGCCCGGCGGAGCGGGAAUUGUGCUUCAGGAAUGGAACCUUCGACCGCUGCUCCGAUCCGGAAGAACGGUACAAAAGCGGAGUGUGGGUUUACUGUGACUCGCUGUUCUGCGAGCCGGAGGAAUUCGAGCACGACUACAUCACCCGCAACCACGACCAGACGCCCCACGUGAACAGGUGGCAGAGGGCGAGGAUCGGCGAGCGGGCCACUUUGCACGACGUCUGCCUACUGAGGAACGGACUGCCGGUCACCAGGGAGUGCAGGCUGCAGGGGGCCCGGGCCCAGUGGGAGUCCACGGAGGAGUGGGACCCGGUGGUGUGCCUCCGGCGAUACAGGGAGCACACCAUCAGCGGCGACCUGAGCAGCCUUUACGACGACGUGCUCGCGGGCAGGCGCCGCACCAACGACUCCCAGGGACGACGAGAGAUGACGGGCAUGAUGAGGAACAUGUUCCGGCAGAGGGACCGGACCCUCCUGCCCGUCGAUGUCCACAUGACGGGCCAGAUGCUCGGAGAUCUGAUGCAGCAGGAGAAGGACGUGGCUGUCAGCGUGGACUUGGUGAGCGUCUGCAAGGAGAUAAUGUCCUGCGACAGCCAGGUGCUCCGCCUCUCCGCCACCCUGAACGCCACCAACUCGCUGCUCAGCAGGUUCGAGGGCUACAUGGACGCCCUUCCGGAGCAGAUGGUUCCCAGGGAGCGGUGCGGCAAGGCGGUGCCCAAGCCGACGAGCGACGCGACCGAGACGGCGACCACCGGAGUGGAGACCUACGACUUCUCCGACAUCGGAGUCCAGGCCCUGAUCACCGGCAACAUCAGCGUGUUCUUCGCCAACCCGGAGUGCAGCAGGAUCACUGGAAUAGCCAUUUUCUCUGCUCCGGCUGAGGGCAGGAGCACCUCCUCCAGUGGCUUCUGGUACCGCUUUCUUCGACUCUCCGAGAACCUGCAAGAGAUUAAGCUGGAACCUGACCUGGAGGCUGCCGCCUUCCUGCCGGAGAACCUUUGGGAAGUGAGGGGCAGAGGAGCCACCUACCUUAUCUUCAAGGUGUACUCCCACGAUUCCCUCUUCGUGGAGACCUCACUGCAGCGCAGUCGCAAGCCGCGCAGCAAAGUGAUCUCCAUUUCCAUACCCGGAUUGGAAAAUAAACCGCUUUCCACGCCGCUGCCUUUCCUGCUGCGCAACGAAAACCUUCGGACUCCCGAUUUGAAGGCACUCAGUUCGGGAACUGGCUGUGGCUAUUGGAACUACGAAACCUGGCUGACCGAGGGAGUCACCACAAGCGGCAGCUCGGACCUGCUGAGGGACCCCAUCGUCGAGUGCCACACGACGCACCUCACCCAGUUCGCGUUCCUGGUGGGGGGCAGCUACCGCACCAACGACCUCGGCGAGGAGGUCCUCCUCACCCCGAUCAACGAGAGGGUUCUGGACAUAAUCUCGAUCGUGGGGUGCAGUCUCUCGCUGCUGGGCAUUCUGGGCAUCUUCCUGACGGCCGCUCUCUUCAAGAGCUGGCGCAGCCAGGCCUCCACGAAGGUGCUCCUCCACCUGUGCCUGGCCAUGUGUCUGCAGAUGGUGCUCUUUGUGUUCCUGAACACGGACGACGUGUCCGAGCAGCUGGUCGUGAACGGGGACACGGCUCGCUGUGUGGCUCUGGGAGCCGCCAUGCAGUACUCCAUCCUGGUGCUCUUCAGCUGGAUGCUGAUCAUCGCCUUCCUGCAGUUCCAGCGCUACGUGACAGUGAUUGGCAUCGAGCGACCCAGCCACUACAUCCUGAAGGCUGCCAUCGUGGCAUGGACUCUGCCCCUGGUUCCCACUCUCCUGGUGGCCCUCAUAGAUCCCGACUCCUACGUACCCUCGGCAGCUCAGCUCUCCACGGACACUGGCAUCUGCUACCCAUCCGGAUAUGGCCUCAUCUUCGGAGUGGUCCUGCCGGUGACUGUGAUUACUGUUUGCAACUUCGUGAUCUUCGUGUACGUGUUCUACAGCAUCUCGCACUCCCUGAGCCAGAGCAUCCACAAGUCGGAGAAGAAGCUGGUGGUCAAGCAGAUCCGGCUCUCCGUCAUGCUCUUUUUCCUGCUGGGCCUCACCUGGAUCUUCGGAAUCUUCGCCUUCAUGCAGGCGGGCGUGGCCUUCUCGUACCUCUUCUGCAUCACGGCCACCAUGCAGGGAUUCGUGAUGUUCGUCUACUUCGUCCUCUUGGACUCGGCCAACCGCCGGGCGUGGGUGGGUCUCAUCUGCCCCACCAAGAUGGAUAUGGACGUCCAGAAGCGCACCACUGAGCUCCAGUCGAUGACAACCUCGUCCACCAACUACUCGAGCAGAUCGCACCACUGAAGCCAUCAUUCAACUUAGUCCCAACGAACAAAGGUCUACGACCAGCGCACAAUCAUUAUUUAUUUAAUAAUUUAUAAAGUCUUGAAAGUCCAUAUGUAAGUUAAAAAAAAAAAGCU